AUGAGCUUUAAAUUCGAGAAUAAAGAGAUAAAUAUAGAUAGUGAUGCUUACGAUAAUUCAAUAAAUGAUAUAAUUUUAGAAAUACGUAGAUUGCACUUUGAUAGUCAGAAUUAUGAGGAUUUGGAAAUGUUAUUAGAAUUUGAAAGUUUGGAGAAGUUGACUAUCUCAGAGGAUAAUGCUUAUACGCAUGAUAUUACCUUACACGAUUUAAUUGAAUUAAACUCACGUUUAAAUGAAAAUCAAGGACUUAAGAUUAAUAUAUCAUUUAGUAACAAUAGAUUUUUCACUCACUAUAACAAACUAGCUAAUAAAACAUCUGACGACGAGGAUAGGGAAAUUAAAUCCAAAUAUAUCCUUGAAUAUAGGGCAGAGAGUGAUGAUGAUGAUCCUACUUUCUAUGAAAGCGUCGAAUUCGAGGAUGAUGUUGCCGCCGAAAUUGUACAAGCUGAAGUGGAGGACGACUCAGAUGAAAUUCAAGGUAAUUCUGGUCAGGAUGAUUUAGUGGUUGAGGAUGUCACUACUGUUGAGAGUGUACUGCCUGCGGAGGAUAACGAGGUUAAUGGUCUCGAAAAUAAAGGUGUAGAGGUUGUUGAGGUUGAGGAGGCUGUAGAGGAAGUUCCUCCUGUAGGCUCAGCAGAUAAUAAAGCGUUGAAUAUUGAAGAGCAGGAAGUUCCUGCUGAAGGAAGCACCGUUGCUGCACAAAAUGAUGAGGAUACGAUCAAAAAUGAUGAUAAACAAUCAGAUGCUCAACCAGAUGUUGAUUUAGAGAUUGUCGAGGAGACUCAGCAGACAGAGCAGACACCACAGGUUCAACCACAUGGUGACAUUGAGAGUGUUGAGGAGGCUGGUCAAAUUCAACAACUUGACGAGCAGAAUGCUGCCAUCCAAUCUGAAAACGAAGUCUCUACGGUCGACGCUGAACGUAACUAUGACUCACAGAUAAAUGAAGAGGCUGUUAAAUCUACUGCAGAAGUUGAUUUGACGACUACAAAUGAUGACAAUACAGGUAUGCAGGUCGAGGAGGAAGUUGUCGAGACGGUUGAAAUACCCGAUCAAACAGCCUCUUUGACGACAUCAAAGCGUUCCAUCGAUGAUGUCGCAGGUGAGGAAGAAUUACUAACAGAUAUUGACAGCAAGCGCCUAAAAAGCGAGGAGGUAUGA